AUGUCUACUAUGUGCCGCUUAUGCAGGAAAAGUUGCGAAACUCUUAGCCACAUAACUUGGCAUUGCAGAGUUGCUAGGAGGAUUUGGGCUUGGGUGGAUGGAAUUUUCAAGCUGGAUCCAAAUGAAGACCUGGUGGACUCGUAUAAGGCUGCUAAGGGUCAAAGUAGAAUGAUAAAGAACCUUUGGUUGGUUGCAAAUCUUGCAAUUGUCACGGAGUUAUGGAAGUUACGUAAUAAGUCUUAUUUUGAUAAUAUGGUUGUUCAAUGGCUGGGCUUUAAAGGGAGAGUUUAUCAGGUUAUUCGUGAUAAUUCAAUUACAAUGAAAGGCCACAUGCAUAAUACUUUAGAGGAGUUACGCAUUCUGAAUUAUUUCAAAGUGCAGCAUAGAUCAUGCAAAACGUCUACUCCAAUUGAGAUUAGUUGGACUCCUCCUAAUCAAGAUGAAAUCAUGAUCUGCUGUGAUGGUGCUUCUGUCGGAAACCCAAGCCAAGCUGGUUCAGGUGUUGUUUUCCGUGAUGCAAGUUCGGAGGUGCUUGGUGUUCUCUGUGUUGGCCUUGGUUGGCAAACGAAUUUCUACGCGGAAGUAUGUGCGAUUAUUUAUGGUGAGAUUAUGGCCAAGAGAUGA